AUGAGCCCUAAGGAGGAAGCGUCGUUUUAUCUCUACAGUAUCGGGUACUCGCCAGCCCUGAUCACGCUAGGCACUCUGGUGUACCGCAACUACGCGAAUCCAGACCACCGCUGUGUCUCACUCUCCGGCAUUGAUGAAAAUGAGCUAGUCAUGCAGAACCUCGUCUCUAUCACAGAGAUCGAUGGCUGCUGCUGGGCGAGCGCGAAGUCCUCCACAUACGGCUUCGGUCUGCGCCCCCUGGAUUUAGCGUCGGUCACUUCCAAAUAUGCAACGUCGCUGCAAAAGAUGGUUGUUGCUGAGGCAGGGCGCCGCGUGACGCUCAAUCACCCGGUCAGGUUUUUCGAAACCAAGGUCCUGCAGCACCCCGACAUUCGGAGGGAAUUGGCCAUCUGGCUCACGGCCGCAAAGAGCUCCUAUUUGCUUCGGAAGGCCACAUUCCAAAAACCAAAGGUGUACUGCGUUACCGGGCUGUUCGAGCUGCGCGGAGUCCGAGCUCGGGUGGGCUCCAGCAGCGACAUCAACCUGGACCUUGGCGUGAGCGCCGAGAUGGUCGGAGCACCAACCGGCAUACCCAUCGGGCUGGAGAUAGGCCCCUUUUCCAACAACAAGUACCUGAUGGCGUCGGUCGCGAUGCGGAAACCGGCAAUCUGGGCCGCUCGGUUCCAUCGACUCGACGUCGAAUACAUACGCGGUGAUCUCGAGGCCGAGCUUAAGCCCGGCCUACCAACUACCAUAAGACUGAGGCCUGACGUGACCGAUCCUGGCCGCGGCCUCAUGGGAGACACAGGCGAAGAAGACGAGGAAUUAUAUGGCGAGGCCCAGGUGCUAGUUGGGUCUAACGUACAGUUGACGACGGGGGCGAGAAUGCGUAUGAAUGACGCGGUGGAAGAGAUGAGCGAGGAUUACUGCGAGGAAGACGAGUACAGCAAGGCAUUUGCUGUGGCCAAACAUAGGAUUGACGAGGAUGCAGCGGCGAGUGAUGAAGACGAUAUGAAUGAGGACGUGUAA